AUAUUAGAUGAAAUACCAAGACCCCGUUUUCACGUAGUCUUCAAAGUUGAUAUAAAAAAUUCUUCUGCCACACUUUUAUCGCGAGAUGCAUAGCGGUCCAAUAGCAACAAUAUCAGCGGUUAAGAUGUCCGUUCUUUCAAACAAAAUUAACCCGGUUACCGUUACGGCCGAACCAGCUUCUUACGGUACCAAUUCCCUCGCCAAACCGAAACUUAUCUCCCGUAGUCAAACCAGUUGAUAGUCGAUAUCAGCGGCGGCCAGUGUUGUUUUUUCAAGAUGAUGAAUCGCCUUGUGCUUUUACUGUCCCUGCUCGCGCUGCACGCCCACGCAGUACCGGUACCCUCGUCCAGAACCAACGGCGGACAGAAGAUACUGUACGACGAACGACAGGAAGGCGACUCCAACAUACGCGCCGACCUCAAGAACAUCAUUAUUUUCGUCCAAUCAAAUCCUUCAUCAUUAUCAUCGUCCACCUCGUCACCCGGCAUGAGCUUGCUGAAUAUGUUGAUGUCCAAAGCCAACCCAAAAUUUAAAAACGUCCGUUCGAAAUCGCCAUUUCUCAAAACCGGUCCCGAAACCAAACAUUUUAUCGAGUCCAAAACUGCACCUUAUCACGUCGACAUCGGCAAGAGCGACAGUCAUUUGUUGAACGACGAGAUCCUGGCUACUCAAUCACCUCCGGUUGCGCUGGGUGAUCGCAAAAACAAAAGCUCGACUUCCUUGCUUCGCCAACUGAGAUCGGUGAAAGCCUUUAUCCUGACUGUGCCCGAAGAUGAUGUGAUUUUGAAGAAAACGGUGGAGGACCCCAAGGUCGUGCGGAAGGAGGGGUUGAAGAAGAAGCAGAACAAGAGAAGGAAGGAGGAGAUGAUGCUGAUUGGAGCGCUGGAACAGUGCGGACCGGAAAUGUAUAGAGACGAUGAUGGUAUUUGUAGAAUGAAAAUUGGAGACCGGGACGAAUAGAAUAUGUCGAUUAGAUAAUAUAUUUUUAUUUUUAUAAUUAUUUAUUUAUUAUAUUUUGUAGCUAAUUAAGUA